AUGGCGGAACCUCGAAGGAUCACCUUGCAUGAGCAAGGAGUGCAGGAUCUUGUUCUUCAACCGUUACAAACCCGGUAUCUUAAUCUUAAUGCUAAUUUUGAAUUGAAAAAUAGCUUGAUCAACUUGUUGCCUAAGUAUCAUGGAUUACCGGGCCAAGAUCCUAUUAGACACUUAAGGGAUUUUCAAGUGGCUUGCUCUACGGCUAGGAGACAAGGCACAGAUGAAGUUGCUAUUAUGGUCUUUGCCUUCCCCUUCUCUCUUGAGGGGCAAGCAAAGGAAUGGUUUUACUCUCAACUUGACAAAGUGGUAACUGAUUGGGAUCCAUUGAGAAGAAAAUUCUUGGAUAAGUUCUUUCCUCUAGAAAAGACCGAUUACAUCCGGAAGCAAAUUUUUAGUAUUAUGCAAAUGGACCAAGAGACACUUUAUGAGUACUGGACUAGAUUCAGGAGGUUGUUGGAGUCUUGUCCACAUCAUCAGAUGGACAUUUAUUUGCUCAUUAGCUAUUUCAUUGGAGGUCUUUGUGCAUCGAAUAAGAGAUUACUUGAUGCAUCUAGUGGUGUCUCUCUUGUUAAAUACAAGACGGAGGAUGAGGCAUGGAGAUUGAUCAAUAAUGUUGCCGAAGCUGCCCAACAUGCUAGAGUGAGAAAUAAUCCUCCGAAGAGUAUGACAGAAGCACCUUCUUCCGAUUUGGCUUUGACCAAGGUGCUUAGAGAGAUGACCACUCUUCUCAAGGAGAUUCAUCAAGGACAAAAAUCAUCUUCAUCAAUCCAAGCCAUUCAAGCCCCACCUCAAAUUCUUCAAAUUGAGGGACCUCAAAGCGUGUGUGGUGUGUGCUCUUGUACUUCACACUACACCGAUCAAUACCCUCAAAUCCAAGGAGACUACACUCUUGAGGUAGCUAAUCCCUACAAUAAUCGCUCUUCCUACCAUCCUCAAAAUCAAGGAAAUUACUCUGAAGGUAAUAACUACAAUCAAGGAUGGCGGGACAACUCUCAAGAGAACAACAACAAUCAAAGGUAG